UUCCUGAGUCUUUUAUCGCGCUUUCUUCUGCGCUUUCAGCUAGGUCUCGCGCGCGAAAAAAAGGGGAAAAGGAAGACAGACGGGAGGGAAAGAUGGCCAUCAGCGAACUCGUGUCGGGCAUACUGCCCUCAUCCUCCACACACAUCACAGCUACGAACAUGCUUGUCUUGGUUCUAUCGAUCGCGGGUUUAGCCGUCCUGAUAGAUUAUGCGCGAAUGCUGAAUUUGCGGCGGAAAAUGCCUCCAGGUCCAAUGCCAUGGCCGAUUAUAGGAAAUACAUUUCAGCUUCCGGAUAACAAACCUUGGUUCUAUUUCGAGGAAUUGUCCAAGAAGUACGAGGUACCGUUGAUUACGUAUUGGAUAGGACGGAACCCCACAGUCUGGAUCAACGAUGCCUGGACCGCGAGCGAACUCCUCGAAAAACGCGCUGGGAUAUACUGCUCGCGACCGCGCAUGCUCGUCUUCGCCGAGCUCGGCUCUGGGCAGAAUAAUCUGGUGAACAUGAUCACUACUACUCCAGAAGCCCGCGACCGAUGGCGAGUGCAGCGCAAGAUUACGCACCAUGGGGUUGGAAUCCAGCAAGUGCGACGGUAUCGGGAAUUCCAGAACGACGAGAGUAAAGUGGUGGCGUUUGAUUUGUUGACGGCGCCGGAGCAGUUCGUAGCGCAUUUUGAACGGUAUGCGACGAGCGUAGUGUCAAUCAUUGGGUUUGGGAGGAGGGUGGCACGGAGUGAGGAUCCAAUCAUUACGGAGGUGAUCAAGGUGAUGCAGAGGGCUGCUGAAUUGAAUGUACCGGGGAAGACGUUCCCGAUGCUUCUGGAGACGUUUCCUUUACUCGCAAAGGUGCCGACCAAGUACGCGCCCUGGAAACAUGGUCUUGGGGGAAAGAGAGGAAGCCAUCGUGGCCACGACUUCUUCUACUCGCUUGCAGCAGAGGCAAACGAGAACCCGGGCCACGAAGACUGCUACUCCAAACACAUUUUCAAAGAGCAAGAAAAAUUAGGACUACGACCACAAGAAAUCUCCGCUCUGACGGGAAACCUCUUUGGCGCCGGAUCCGAUACAUCGAGUUCCACUCUCGUGACAGCAAUCCUCGCUAUGCGCGCGUUCCCCGAGACGCUCAUCCCCGCGUGGGAGGAACUUGAUCGCGUGGUAGGUUCAGACCGGAGCCCCACGUUCGAAGACGAUGUGAACCUACCGUACAUGCGUGCUUUUGUCAAAGAAGUCUUUCGCUGGCGUUCUGUCGCUAUUAUCGGAGGGCAACCACAUGCGCCUGUUCAAGACGACUACUACAAAGGAUGGUUAAUUCCGAAACUCACAUGGGUUCAAGGAAACAUCUGGGCGAUCCAUCAUCACGAUCGCGAGUUUCCGGAACCGGACCGUUUCAAUCCGAUGCGCUUCAUGAAGGAUAGCCCUGAUGCGAGACCGUUCCCUGGGGAGAGGGGAUACAUGACGUUUGGUUGGGGAAGAAGGGUGUGUUCAGGGCAGGCUCUCGCGGAGCAGGGAACGUGGUUGACGGUUGCGCGGUUGAUAUGGGGGUUUCGAAUUGAGGCGGCGCUGGAUAAGGAUGGGAAAGCGAUUCCGGUGGAUAUACUUGAUUACACGAAUGGGCUAAAUUGGCGUCCUCAGCCUUUCAAAGUCAGCAUCAAGCCCCGCAGUGAAAGCAUACGGCAAGCCAUUGUUCGUGAGGGCGAGCAGGCCCUAGCAGACCUCGCGCAGUAUGAAGGAGAGACACAGUACAGGAUGAGUACGUUCGGUAAAAAGACAUAA